AUGCCCCCCGGUACAGCCCCCAAGCGCUCCUACUCCCGUACAGAUGCCGCUGUGCGGGUAGAGUAUCCAAAAGAUCAUGAGCUUCCUGCAAGUCAUCCGGUGGAUGGGCAGGGAGGCCAGUUUUCAAAGCCAACAUUAGCAUCGCUCUCUCUGGAGGAUAAGGUUAUUGUCAUUACUGGAGGUGCAAGAGGUCUUGGACUGGUCAUGGGCCAGGGUGUUGUUUACUCUGGCGCCUCCCUGGCAAUUGUUGACUUGAACAGUAAGUCAUGUUUCGCUCUGGUCAUCGAUUGCCGUCCGCAUUCUUCUUUGCUAACCAGCAUCAUAGAAGAGGACGCCCAGUCUCAGGUCGGGCAGCUCAUUGAUGCAUUUAAGAAAGAGAAUCCUGGACGUGACAAGUAAGCAGGCCACAUGACCAUAUCGACAUUGAUGAAGUAGACGUUUCUCACACGAAUGAAAUUCGAUCCAGGAUCCCCAAAGUCACUGCACAUUAUGCGGAUGUCUCCGACCAAGCAUCAGUCGACAACUGCGUCGCCGAGAUCCUUCGUGAACACGAAAGAAUAGAUGGCCUGGUCACAUCGGCAGGCUUCACGGAGAAUUUCGAUGCUAUCCAUUACCCGAUUGAGCGCAUGCGCAAGCUCUGGGGCGUCAACGUGGAUGGUACCUACCUCUUUGCUGUGGCUGUUGCCAAACAUCUCAUGGAGCGGCAAUCCAAGGGCAGCCUUGUAUUUAUUGGCAGCAUGUCCGGUUCGAUUGUCAACGUCCCCCAACCCCAAGCGUAAGCCAGCAUAAACCCAGAACGUCACUUGCUGAGGAAGGAAACUAUGUUAUCUAACUCAAACGAAUUACGCAGUCCCUACAACGCUGCAAAGGCAGCUGUCCGUCAUUUAGCAGCCUCUCUCGCUGUUGAGUGGGCACAUGCGAACAUUCGAGUCAACUGUAUCUCUCCCGGUUACAUGCUAACGGCUUUGUAAGUGAAGGCUUAGUUGUUUCAUGCGGUCUUGUCUAAUCAGCUAUUAGGACGCAAAAGAUCCUGA